ACUCCGCCGGAGGUGACCAGAUCCGAUCCGAUGACGUCAGUGAGAGUGAUGAGACUGGAUACUUGGAUGAGGAUCCGAGGUCCAGUAGAGAACAGUCGCCGGAUCUUGGCGAUGAAAGGGAGAGGGAGAGAGUUAGAGAGAUCGUUAGCAGGAUCUCAGAGACGACUGGAUCGAGAGUUUCGAAUGCGACCAACAGAGUUGAGAGCCCUAGGUCAGAGUUGGCUGGGUGAAACUGAGAGAGAGAGGGUUAGGUUGGUGAGGGAAUGGGUGCAGAUGGCGAGCGAGCAGAGGGAUGGGAGGAGCAGAAGGAGAGAGGAGGAGGGGGAGCGGAGGAGCCGAGAUGGGUCGGUCACAGAUCUGGAGGAUGGGCAGCCGGAGCAUGUGAGAAGGGAUUUGUUGAGGGUUCGGGGUCGCCAGGCGAGGUUGGAUUUGAUAAUGAGAAUGGUGAGGGAGAGGGAGAGAGAGCUGCAGGGAAUAGAGGAGCAGCGGACAGUUUCAGAGUUUCCUCAUCGGAAUCGAAUCCAGGCCUUACUCAGAGGCAGAUUCUUAAGAAAUGGAACGCCACCUGAGAAUGACAGGCCACCUUCAGUGGCAGCAAGAGAAUUAGGUCAACUAAGACAGCGUCAUCCUGUCUCUGGUUUAAGGGAGGCAUUUCGCUUCAGAUUGGAGAAUAUUGUUCGUGGUCAAGCGAACAGUCAGGCUGAAAAUUCGACCAGUCAUGAGGUUAACACUGUUAGAAAUGACCCAGUUGAAGAAUCUAAUGCAGUUGCACCUACUUCAGUUGUGCCAUCAGAUGAUAUACAUGGCUCUCAAUUGAGAAAUGAGAACAGUGAUAAUCAUCAUAUUGAAACAAAUGUGACAAGUGAGUUGGAAGACAACAGAGCUAAUGAUGAUAUUGAUUGGCAAGAAUCUGUUACUCAAGAAGAGAAUUGGCAAGAAGGUAUGGAAAAUGAGAGAGUGAAUUGGCAACAAUCUACUGAUGCUGGGUUCAGUGAUUGGCGGGACGAGACGGGAGAAGAAUCUGAUGUGAACUGGCAGGAAAAUAUAGACCAAGACUGGUCUGGUGAAGUACCAGAUGAUGAAGAGGGAGAUGAUAAUCAUCUCCCUGGGGUGCCAGAGUGGCAUGAGAAUGAUUCACAUGAAACUCUUGAAAACUGGGAUGAAGGCCCUUCAGAUCCACCAAGAGCUCAACACUCCAUUCCCAGUAGGAGAGUCAAUAGAUUUAUUCCACCUGAUGAUGACAAUGUCUAUAGCAUGGAACUCAGGGAACUUCUAAGCAGGAGAAGUGUUUCUAAUCUUCUAAGUAGUGGGUUUCGUGAGAGUUUGGAUCAAUUGAUACAGUCCUAUGUCCAGCGUCAAGUUCAUGCCCCCCUUGAUUGGGAUCUUCAAGGAUCCCUGCCUACCCCUGCUUCACCAGAAGAGGACUUAAACCAACAAAGUGAUGGCUUAAAUCAGGCACAGCAGGAUUCUGCUGCCAGGCCACCACUUAUGCCAUCUCCACCAGCACCACCUCGUCAGCCACUUUGGCACUCAGAGUUGCAUCACAGCAAUUGGACUCGACAGAGCAUGAAUCGUUCAGAAAUUGAAUGGGAUGUUAUUAAUGAUCUGAGGGCUGAUAUGGCUAGGCUUCAGCAAGGAAUGAGUCAUAUGCAGAGGAUGUUAGAGGCAUGCAUGGAUAUGCAGCUCGAGUUGCAGCGGUCAGUUAGACAGGAAGUUUCUGCAGCUUUGCAUCGUUCUCCUGACAGACAAGGUUUGUAUGAAGUUUUAUGUACACACCAACUCAAAGUUUUAUAGUGAAGUUUGAUGCUCUUAAAAUGUAAGUUGUUUAUCGUUGCUAAACAUUAUGUUUGGUAUUGCUAAACAUUAUGUUUGGUAUUUUAGAUUUGGCUAUACCGAAACACAAAGUUACUC